AACGGUGGCGUUGUCUUACCAAAUCUAAAACCCUAAUCGUCCAUUCCCAUCUCUCCUGUCCCUUCGUCACUUCCAGGCGCCACUUCGACUCUGCCCUGCCGUUGCGGUCUCCUUCACGUCUGCUCUCGCGUGCGUUCGCCUCUCCUGUCCUCACUUUCCGUUCUACAGUUGCAUCGAGCGCUCGGCUGAUUUCCAGCCUUCAACUGUCCUCUCUGUUUCGGCAUCUUACGCGUUGACGGGUUUUGCGCAGAGUUGUGAAAAGGGAAGCCAUGAGCAGGAGCCUGGGAAUACCAGUGAAGCUACUUCACGAGGCUUCCGGUCAUGUGGUCACCGUUGAGCUGAAGAGUGGAGAACUCUACAGAGGAAGUAUGAUCGAGUGUGAAGACAACUGGAAUUGUCAACUUGAGAACAUUACCUACACUGCCAAGGAUGGCAAAACAUCCCAACUUGAACAUGUAUUUAUCCGAGGCAGCAAAGUCAGGUUUAUGGUCAUACCAGACAUGUUGAAGAAUGCACCCAUGUUUAAGCGUUUGGAUGCUAGAAUCAAGGGCAAGGGUGCCUCACUUGGAGUUGGCAGGGGCAGAGCAGUUGCAAUGCGAGCAAAGGCUCAAGCUGCCGGCCGAGGAGCAGCACCUGGUAGGGGUGUUGUCCCACCUGUGAGGAGGUGAUUAGUCUGCAUAUAAUCUCCUUUUCCCAUCCUCUGCACGCUGAACAUGAUAUCUAUUUGUGGGUAUGAGAAACAGAAACAAAUAGGAAUUGCUUAUCUAGACGUAAUUGAUUUCUCACUUGUGGAUAUAUUAAUCCUACUACUCCUCCGCUCUUUUUGGUCUUGUAUUAUGUACUUGGCAUCUCAUUUCGAUAAUGGUUCUGUAGAAAUGACUUUGUUUGACUGUCC